AUGACUCAGCCUCUCCUGAAAUCUCUUUUUCUCCAUCUUUCUUUAUCCACCUUGUCUCUCUUGCCUCAUUUUCUUCACUUUCCUUUAUCCAUGUUUCUCCUUUUCUCACUUUCUUCCUCUUCCUUUAUCCACUUUGUCCCUCUCUUUUCAUUUUCUUCACCUUCCUUUAUCCAUGUUUCUCCUUUUCUUUCUUUCUUCCUCUUCCUUUAUCCACUUUGCCCAUCUCUCCUCAUUUUCUUCACCUUCUUUUAUCCAUGUUUCUCCCUUUCUCAAUCUUCCUUUAACCACCUUUGUCCCUCUUUCCCUUUCUUUACCUUCCAUCCUUCACCUUUCUCGCUCUUGCUUUUUCUUCACCUUCUCCCUCUUUCAUUUUCUUUACCUUCCUUUAUCCACAUUUCUCUCUCCCUCUUUUUCUCGACCUUUCUUAAUCCCUGUUUCUCCUUUUCUCUUUUUUACCACUUUUCUCCCUCUCUCAUUUUCUUUGCUUUCCUUUAUCUGCCUUUCUCCUUCUCUUUUUUUAUUCUCUUCCUUUUCUCUUACUCUCCCUUACUUUUUUUUGAUUUCUUUUCUUUACCUUCCUUUAUUUAUCUUUUUAUUUUUCUCUUCCUCUCUUUCUUUAUCCAUCUUUUUCUUUCCUGCAUCUUUCAACCUCUCUUUUCUUUUUAA